GCCGCGAUCACAGGCGUGUGCUGGAGUUUAAGGUGUGUUAAUUAUAGUAUAGUGAUGGGGAGGGUGUGCGGGGGGCGGGGCGGAGUGAGGCUGGUGGUGAGGACUGAGGGUGGCAGGCCGGCAGUCGGUCAAAGGGGAGUGUCAAGAGUGGGCGCCGCGCGGGGCAAGGAGCCUCAGUGUUUGCCGCAGGGAGGGUGGCGCGGCCCGAGGGCACGUGAGGGUCAGUGUGGCUUCAGCAAGUGGGCGUCGUGGCUGUGGAAUUACGAACUGUCGCGAGAAGUCGAAUAUAUUGGCUUUGGCACGAGAGGACUGGCGGGAGACGAACAGUGAUAGUGUGGUGGUGUGGUAUGUGUUUGUGUGUGGUGGUUCAUGCCGUGAGCAGCGCCGCCUGGUCUGGCACGUGUUGGGGUGGGUUGGUCCCUAGGGCGUCUGUGUCCUGGUGCAGUCUAUGUGAGGAAUCGAGGUGCGGGCGCUGCUGUUGUUAUGUUCUGAGUGGCAAGUAUUGUGGCUACUCGUGGUGUGCUUGACCAAGGCCUCUCCGCUCCGCCCCACCGUGCCGUCCGUCAGAAGGAAGGUCACUCGCAGCCGUGAGUAGGGCGUCAAAGAUCUGCUCUUACGUGCUGCACAUAAUUUUUGGCGUGUUGGCCGCUCAACAUCUUGAAUGUCUGCAAAAAUGUCAUCCUAAGUAGACAUUCAACGCCGAGGAGAUAGUGGUUGUCAGGAGGGUGUGAGGAGCAGCACAGGGAGUGGCGGGCGGGCGGGCAAUGGUGUCCACCCUGCACAUCACCCUCAUCAACAACCAGCCCUCGUCGCAGUGGCUGGGACGGAGCGCGUCCUGCGAGGAAACUAACUUACUUGGGUUUCCAUCUACAUUAACUCCAACAUCCAAAACCACCUCUCUGUCCACCUCAAGCGUCCUGCGGCCCCAGGCUCCCGAUGCUGGGGUCCCUGGACUACCCUCCUCCACACACAGCUUGGUGACGCCCACUCCAUACAGCCCCUCCGCGGGCUCCAGGGCUCCGUCAUGGUCUCCUGUCAGAUUCAAAACCAAACCUUUACCAGACUUUUUGAAGAAACUCAACCCGGAGUCUGCACCUGUGGGCAGCCCUGGGACAAAGACUUCGUGGUGCAGGGCAGCGGCCUCCCAAGGGCCAGGGCGGCCUGGGCUGGCCACGAGCACGGGUGACGUUCAAGUGGGUCAAGUGUCGCCGACCCUCGCGGCCCGCUGGCCACAUGCAGGCAAAAGUGAUUCGUCAAAGCCUGAAAUUUCCCCAAGGGCGGGUCGAAAAGUAUUAGGGAUUCCAGUAUCCUCCACCGCAGUGUCUUCCGUCAGUCAGGUGGCGCCGCCCGUCGUCCCUGCUGGACGACCGCCCACUCCUCAGGGAGAGAGGCGGCGCCUCAGUGGAGGAUCGCCCUCCAUGACCAGGAAAGAAGUGUCUCCUGCACUCACCAAUGACCCGUCUGCCAAAUCUGCCGCUGAUCCAUCGCGAGCCCCGCACGAGGCGCCAGACGUCGUUGACCAAGGCACCAAGUCAGAUCAGCCCGACGAGCCUCAGGACAGCGGCCGCCGCCCGUCGCUGGGCAGCGCCAGGAAGGAGUCGCCUACCGGGGCCAGAAAGCUUAUGAGUGACACGGCGUGGCUCGCGUCCUCCAACCGCUCGGCCACCCUGCCCGCCCUCCGGACGUCUUCCGCCCCCUGGCAGCAGCGGCCCAACCGCCUGUCCUCCGCCUCGCUGCAGCGCUUUGAGGAUAGCGUGCACAGCGGUGGCGGGCGUGAGGGCGUGGGCGGGGGUGUGAUGGAGGAUGGUGGACCCCACACCCGCGUCGCCCCAGCCUCCUCCGCCCAUCGCAAGGCCAACUCUCUCCCUGGUUACUAUUCCCGGGGGAGCACCCUCCACCAGCCAUCCUUCCGUGAGGCUUUCAACACCAGCAAGAGUCCUACACCUCCAGCUCGCAACGAUGGUGCUCCAGCUGCGCCACCUCGGGGACCCACUAGCCCCAGGACUCCCAGAGUCGUCGCCGUUCCCUCUGUACCUCCUCAGCAACAACGACAACAACAACAGCAACAACAGCACCAUCAACAACAAAAUUCACGUCAACAAAACCACCAUAAACAAAAACAGCAACAGCCAGCAAAUCAGUUACAGGAGUAUCAAAAACAGCACCAGCAACAACUACAACAGCAACUGCGUCAAAAACAAUUACAGCAGCAGCAACAACAACAGCAGUUAUGGCACCAGCAUCAGCAGCAACAGAGACUGCAGGAAAGUCACCGGCAGAAUGCUCAGCAGCAGAUUAAAUCACAACGACAGCCAAAAUUACUGCAGCAGGGGACAGCACCACCAGUAUUGCAAGGUCGCCAGCCUCCUCCCCGACAGGAACCACCUCCGCCCAAGCCCGUCCCUUCCUCGCCAGAGAAGAAGAACAAAAAAUCUAUUUUGAGUGGUAUCUUCAGGCGUCGCAAGAAGGGUUCCAGCAGCACAUCGAGCAGUAGUUCAGAUAGCAGUAGUUCUGACAAUGAGGAGCCCCCACAACGCCGUAGCUUUUUGCGGCGCCGCAGCAAGAAGAAGGAGAAGAAAGAUCCCAUCCUUCCUCCCCCAUCGAUCCCACCAGCUGAGGAACGCCUGGCACGCUCCUACGGGGACUUCCCUGAUGGUAGUGAUUUACGAAGCUAUCGGAGAGUGAGGGUCGUGCCUGUAGGGACGGGCAGCUUAGGAAAAGAAACGCAGCCACUCGGUAUCCCCACAUUAGCAACACAGCCAGGGCAACUCAACAGACUCGGUGUGUCAGCAUCGCAUGAUUCUCUACCUCUCAGCCUAGGUUCAUGGACUGGUGGUGGCUCCCAUGCCUCCCUCGGUUAUUACUCAGGAGGCGGUAUGGGGACGAGGAGCUCGAGCACAGACACCAUUAGCAAGAAGGAGCGACGUGAGGCCCUCAAGGCGCGAGUUGAGCGGCUUAGAGAAAGGAUUCGCGAUACUAGCUCUGAUGAAGAGAAGGCAUCUGUGUCCUCCCAUUCACUGUAUGGUAGCGAAUCAAGCCUCAGCAAGACUGGCUCUCUUAGUCGACGUUCAAGAGCAGCGCGGACUGAACGCUUUUUGAGGCGCAAAUCCUACGAGCUGGAAACAUUGAGAAACGAAACUGAGAAAGACCGACGCAACAGGGAGGCGGUGCAGGCUCGAAUUGAGGAGAUCCAGCGAGUACGUGAAUUCGAAGCAAAAAGAAACAAGCUGAAUGAGGAGAGGAAGAGUCAGAGUGUACCUAAGGCCAAACCACGUUGGUCGGCCAAACUGGUGUAUCAAGAGUCAAGUGAGUAUGAAUCGUCUGUCCUUUUACGAACGCCAUCAGUGAGUCCCUCAGCAAGUCCGCACAUGAAGGCCAAGUUUGAUGGUCAUGCAAAGGAUGGUGUGGUGCUAAGGAAUAAACCACAUCACGUCACUCCUUCAGUAGCAGUCUCAUUGCCAGUGCCAUCUGUCACGUCCUCGAGGAGAAGCUUUCAGGACUUUGAUGCUCCUGUACACAACAACUUGAGAGGUCAUCGGAGUGCAUCAUAUGACAGCAAUAUCAAUAGAAAUUCCUUUGUUAUUCAACCCCCAACUGUGCCCACAACCAGCAGUGGAUCAACGACAAACAGGUCUGGCCUCACCCCUCCUGCACCCCCACCUCGGGACAGGAGCAGAAUAAUGUCACCUUGUGAUGGGAGACCAAUGUCGUUCUCAUUUGAGAGUUUGAACCAGGAGGGUCAUCGACCCACCUCCAGCCAAUCCAGCAUGAGCAAUUUUACCAAAGGAUCGAGUCCCAGCCCCAGCGUGCGGUCUGUGCCUGCAUAUCUGGGACCACGCUCCAACCCACAACCUCCUGGACCUCAACCAAUGCUAAUACCCACUCGUCGCUCUUAUUCUGAGCUAGAACUUUCACAGCAACAGCAGAUGGAAGCUAAAAGUGGCUAUCCAAUCCCACCAUCGAGGCCUGUACCUCCUGGGUAUCCAAACUCCCAUUACUCCUACACUGAUCAACCCCCAAGACCACAGAACCAUUAUUACCGACCACAACAGCAACAACAGCCGUCCCAGCAGGUGCAGUAUUACACAGACCAGUCUCCUCAACAUAACAAAACCGUGCCAAUCAGCAGUGUUCCAGCCUCUCCAUCCUCUGACUAUUCCUCCUACAUGAGUGACAACAGCAUCAAGUUACAACAGGCCAACACAGCAUGGAGGCAAAAGGAACAAGAAAUUAAAAACAAGAUCUCCGUGUUGCCAAGCACAGCACCGGCAGUGAUAAGCGACUCCUCCCCUUCCAACAGUCCCAAGCUAGAGAACGGGGUAGCCUCUUCUCCCGGGAGGCAGCAACAGCAAGGUGAAGGUAUUUAUGGUAAAAUUGAGGCCAAAAAGACCCGUCCAGAACCUAUCACCCUCAAGCAGGCCGAAUCUUUCAGCUCACUCUCUGGCCAGAGUGAUGUGUCCAGCCCAGUGCCACGAGGCCCAGAUUCUGAUUCCAGUCAAGGCAGCCUUGCACGGGACAAAAAGAAGCAGGCUCAGAACAGGCCUCUUUCCAUGGUGCUUGAGAAAGCAGAGUCUGGGGAAAAGGAGACACCACCAGGUACUCCAAAAGCCCGUCCACAACCUCCUGUACGAAGCAACUGGCAGCCAGCAACCCCAGUGAGUGAGGCAACGAAGCGAAAUAAGUUUAAAGAAAUGAUAAAGCACAAACUGGACUCAAAGACAGAAAAGAACCUAACGCCGAAGGAGUUUGAAGACAUGUUCCAAAAGGAAAAGGAGAAGUUGGAGAACAGUAAAUCUAGCAACUUCGAGGAGGCAUUGAAAGAGUUGGAAGAAAUCUAUGCCAGCCUCAGAUUGGACAGUGAGGACCUGCUGGAUGGAGCAGAGCGACGUGAUCUGCCUGUGCAGCACCAAACACUGAGGGACACUUCACAUAAUGACAAGAAGGACCUCUUGAGUGAUGGGGACUCCUCUCUCCAUGACAAUGAACGGAUACACUCAUUGUCAGGGAGAAGAUCAGGUGUUCCUGACGCCAAGAGUGACGAUAUGCACUUCCGUAGAUGUCAGCAGAGUACUCGCAAUCAGCCGGACGUUCAGAAGGCGCUGCAGAUGACUGGCAGCUACCUCCUUGUGUCUCCUGCCCAUGUAACCCCCACAGAUCUUGACAAAGACAUGCCUAAAGACCCAAUGAUGAUUGGGGAACCAGACGUGGUGUACGAUGAUGUGUCUUACAGGAACAUCAAACAGGCAAACUCCAUAAAAAUCAUUGACCCACAGCCUCCAUUCGGCAUUCCUCUGGGACCCACCACUCAAGCUUCCCCUAGUGAUUACCUUCACGUGACACCAAAAGAGAACUACCGGCCCAAGAUGAUCGCCAGGAAACAACCAGACACCGCCAUGGAUGACCUGGCCUUCAGGAAUCUAAGGAAGGAUAAGGGCACUAAAGAAGUCAAUACCUCCGAGCUAGAUGAGUUGUUAUGUGAGGCCCGAGCAGGCUCUCCUCGGCGCAGGACAGUGCGCUCCUCCUCAGCUGAUAGGGCACAGUCCUUGCGUGGUGACCCUGACCGUGGGCUGAAGCAUUACACUCCCCGCCAAGUGAAGUAUCACCUGGAGACACGGCGUGUUGGCAACCAAAAGGACAGCAUGACAGACACUGAGGUCACAGGUCACUCGAUCAGUUCACGACAUAACCCAAGUUGGCUUGAAAGGGCCCACCUGUUAGACCCCAAAUGGGAUGUGAGCAGCAACAACCUCAGCACGAGCACCGAGACCCUGACGGAGCUGUCUUCUGCACGAGCAGUCUCUCAGCCAGACAUUCGUCGGGCCAUCAUCCGUGAGGCUCGGGCACCACCAGGAGGCCCUGAGGAGCUGCUUGGCGGACAGCUGCAUCACAUCACCGCCUCCUCUUUGGCCACUCCAACUGCAGUCACUCUGGCAACCAUCACUGUGCCUCGCCUGGUCAAAGUGCAUACCGUCCACAGUGCCCCAGCAUCACCCGUCAUCCUGGACAGCAAGCCUUACAAGCCACUGGAUUCCAUCUUCAACAGCAAACCUAAGCCUUUCUACUUAACCAACAAAGAGACAGAGCAGAAGGACUGUACACAAGAACAGGAACAGGAACAGCAACAACAGCAGGAGAAAAAGCAGCAGCAGCAGCAGCAGCAGCAGCAACAGCAGCAGCAGCAGCAGCAACCACAACAACAUCAUCAACAACAACAACAACAACAACAACAACAACAACAACAACAAAAGCUACAGCAGCAAGACCAAGUGGACAUUGCCAAGUUGGACGCACUCAUCUCCACACUCUCCAAAAUUGAUGCGAAUGAUGACCUGUCUGACUCAUCUGACACAUCCUCCAAGAGUCUAGGUAACAUUCCGCCCAUAAACUUUGAAAUGAAAGAACUGAAAAUAUCUGAACCCGCCCUUGAAAACGUGCCUGAGCCCCAAACUGUCGCGUCGGAACCCUCUCGAAAAAAUAGUGUAGAUUAUGAAUACAACAGUGCCAAAGCCAAUAUUGAGAAGGCCAUCAGGUUGUCCAUGGCGCUGGAGUCUUAUAACAGUGAAGGUAAAGAGGUUUGUUGUCGUAGGCGUAGUGCUGUAGACUUGCCAGUGCGGGAGAGUCUUCCUUCCCACAGCGACUCUUCCAUCUCUUCUACUAACGUUCUCUCUCUUCCGAGUCUUAACCUGGUGAGCAAUGACGCCAGUGGCAGUACAGUGGGCUCGAGGGCUCCUUCUCAGUCCGCCACGCCUCAGGCCGUCCCCGCUAAGGCUUCCACGUGUACUGAUAGAGUAGAGUCCAUGGUAGUCGUGUCACAGCAGGUGCAUGGUAGAGCCCGGCGCUCCCGCUCUGUGCCCACCUCACCAAGGACAGUUGACACUACGCCUCUGCUGGAUAAGACUUCAACCAAACCACUUAUCAAUGAAGCAGAGGUGUCCACUGAUGGUGAGGUGGAGUGCGGCUCGGAGCGUGAAGGUACCCUUCCGAGCGGUGUCUCUGCUUCCCUCGCCUUGUCUGUACAAGGUGGUGACGCCCUAACUGAAGUUUUCUCUCCUUCCUCUUGCUCCACUGUCACGCCAGACAUGGGUCAGCCUCUCUCAAAGCAACAAACGAGCUCAAAUCAAAAUAUAUCCAUUGCAUGCGAAACUCAGGCUGCCUCUCAGCCUCUUUCCUCUAAUGACGCUUGUGCUCUCGCUGCUUGUGAGAAUGUUGAAUGUGAGAGCUCGCCGGCGAGCGUCGCACACACCCCUGCCGCCAAGCUUUCGUCCUCUGCCAAGGCUCCCCCGCCGCCUGUGCGCCUUUCCUCCCUCCCGCCCUCCCCGACCCUACGCGGGGCUUCCAGCACCUCACGCCCGUCCGAACAGCCUUCACCCUCGUGUGCUGGCGAAGUGAGGCAGGGGGUUCAGGCUGUGCAAAGGUUGCGGGGAGCUAGUGUGCCCCUGCAGCAGCAGGACAACAAAGCAAGCGAUUCCGAGGGUGAGACAUGUGACGGUGUGGUGAGGGCGGGGUCCCUGCCGCCAGCCCUGCGCCCGCCUGCUGACUCCACAGGGCUUGCCCAGGGUAGCGGACCGGUGGGCGCCAUAGGGCCGCGGUCCUGUGUUCCAGUGCUUCCACACCGAUGUCCUCCACCUGCAUCCCUGCCCUUCCCACCUCAGUGCUUCCACACCCACGCCCUCCACCCGCCGUCCUCCACCUGCCUUCCUCCACCUCUCUUCUCACCGCCCACCGAGAUCCCGACAUGUGAUUCGCCGCCCAUAAGACUCAGGUGACGGUGACCCUCACCUGUAAUGGGCUCCCCUGAGAGGCCCCAAUGACCCAUUUAAGCCGUGCAGGUGUGCCAGGUGUUCCGUGACACGCUGCUAUCCCUCAUCCCUUCUGGUAGUUACAUGCUGCGGUGCCUCAGUGCUCUCGUGGCUCCCCAGUAUCCUCUCAUGAGUGCCAAGGUUCAGCUCAGUAGUGGGUUUGCUUGUCUCAGUCUCGUCCUCGUCUCAAGCGCCACUAAACUCAGUGUUAUUGAUCGACACUUCACAUAUUAAUACCAUGGUAAAUAUUAAUAACCUCAUCAUAUACUUUCCAUUAUAUGCUUCAUGAUAUUCAACGCUCACUUUUAUAUACGUCUGUGUUAGGAGAGGGUAGUCAGAGUGGCCUCCCUUCGUCCCUCCGCCUCUGCGUCACUGUGCCGUCCUGGGCCUUGACACAAUACUGCUUCCUCCGCCUUCAUCGUUGACAGCGGGUUCUCCCACUCCUCGCCAUACUGUGCUGAUGCGCGAAUGAGUCUGCCAAGUUAGGUACGCAAGAAUAGGUCGUCACAACAUAUAUUUGUGAGUGACUUGAAAUUUUGUUCAACGCGUGUCUUUGAUCCGUCAGAUAAUCUUGUCCAACCAGAAGUGUCACGAAAUGCUGCGUAUAAUACUCAGCGUGAGAUUGUGACGCAAGGAAAGUCACUAAAUUUACGUUAGAUUCCAUUUGUCGCUCAGUAUUAUAAUUUAGAGCAGUCGUCACUACCACAUUCACAAAAACAGUUCAUAGUCUGCAGUCUACACCUACAUUUUAUUCUUGCGGGUAUCACUUCAAAGUCUGUAAUCUGUAUACGCACUACGCACGCACUCCCACACUUGUCUGUCCGGGUAACGACUCACUGACCAUUUAUGACUGCUUUUUAUCGAAUCCUGUAGUGUUCCUGCUGCUGGAGGUGUGUUAAGAGAACCUGCGUCCUGUGGGAGCGCCAAAUGUGAGGCAUCAUCACAGACUCAUUAAUAUUCCGUCAAGAUUGGCAAACUUUAGCUCGUAAUGAAGAUAGUUCGCUGCGAUUGACUUUGCAUCAGAUCUAGUACUAAGUUGUGAUAGGUAGUAUAUAAAGUGCUUCGUUCUGUGUCAUAUCCUGCCAUCUUCCCUCAGGCGCCGCUGUCAGUGUGUAGCAGCCAAGGACGUCGUAGUAGCUGUAGAGAAUAGUUAGAAUGAACCAAUUUUGCAGACGAAUUUACGAAAGAAUAGCCAUCGCUGCCAAAGGUUUAGUUACGACCGGGUAGAUCGCUCUCAGGAUUACUUAACUGGAGGUACUGUGCUUGUCACCACCGCCCACUUGUGUCCCUUUGUGCAGCGGCGACACUAAAAGCUUGUGUGUUGCUCCUGCCACGCCGAGUCACGAGCUGAGUGAGUGUUGGGUGUCAGGCCGAGCGGGGGGCAUGAGGCGUCACACACACACACACACACACACACACACACACACACACACACACACACACACACACACAACUCUAAUAAUCUAGCCCUCUGAAUAGCGUCAUAAACACACAUAUCAUUCGCUUAACAUAUCAUUAAGUGUUUUAUAUUACGCACUCAUAACACUUGGCCCAAACGCAUCAGUUACUGACUAAAAUGCCAUUAAAUUUAUCCUCUUGCUCUAGAUGCGCUUAAAUAAUUAUGGAGAAAAGUGGGUUAUUUCUCAUUGCUAUAAAUUAAGGAUAAAAUAUGCAUCUGUUUUUGCUGUAGACUAAAAUCAAAUGUAAUACGUGAUUUAAAACUACUAAUCUUCACAAAACUUCGCAAUUUCUCCCAUACUUAAGUUACUCUAGCUGAUGUAUGUCCGUUUUCUUUAUUGCGAGGGCAUAAGGGACUAUUGAAGAAAAAUAAAAUUAAGAAUGUUGAGCAUCUGAGAAAGGUCACUCUGCUGUUAUGUGGCGCCAAACUCAGGUCAAAUACAUGCAUUCUAAACAAGUAUACUUAACCGGUACUUUACAAUUACUUAUUCACUUUGCUUUUAAGCCUUCAUAAGUAACCAACACCUCCUUCCUCUUUCUUCCCGUUCACCUGUUGCUCACCACACCUCACCACAGGUACGCACGGGAGAUGUAAUUAACACACACCUGCCCACCUGUUCACUUAUAUUUCUUGCCACAGCGUUUACAAAUCAUGGUAUGACGCUGUUGUGUAUGUGUGUGUGUGUGUGUGUGUGUGUGUGUGUGAGAGAGAGAGAGAGAGAGAGAGAGAGAGAGAGAGAGAGAGAGAGAGAGAGAGAGAGAGUGAGAGUGUUUGAUUGCCAGGAACCGCGGCUCAGAUGACACAGGUGACUCACGUGACAGGUAGGACAGGUAACUCACGUGAUUGGCAGCACAGGUGACUGACUCAUUGGACAGGUGUCACUGGUAAUGCCCAUAACCUUCCCUCAGAGUAACUUGUUUGACUUAGUGCCAAAUAUCGUCUGUAUGCGUGUGUGUAUGUAUGUGUAUAUGUAUAUGUCCUUAUAUGUGAUAUGCCUGUACAUUUACUGUAUAAUAUUAAUAUAGAAAUCACCAAAUACACAGUUUAAUAAAA